UUUUCUCGGUUCUUCUGAAUUUGUCGGACUUUUGUGGUCUGAGUUUUUUAACAAAAUUUUCACAAAACUUCUCUAAAUUGUAUAUACAUAGUUAAAUUUUGGAAAAAACAAACUUCUACAGAAAAAUGAUUAUCACGCAAUUAAAUAAAUAAAAACUACGUUUCCAUAUUUCCAACAAUUUUGUAUUUUUGUGUGAAUACUCGUACAAAUUAUUAUCAAUACUCAAUCGCAGAAAGUUCAAGUGAAAUUGUUGAAGUGAAGAAUUAAAUUCAACAAGAUGCUCCAGGCAGCUAUGUCGAAGAGAAAAACCCUAAUAUUCUCUUGCUUUGGCAUAGCUAUUGGUCUGUGCAUUGGCACAGUACUGAAAAACUAUCGAGCAUUGGAAAUUGUCAAAAGAUGUAGUCUCAAGCCUGGCAAUCCUAAUUCACCUUUCGAUAUAAUCGGAAUGAAGCCGAACGAAACAAUUCAUAAUUCCCAAAAAAAUCUAGUUUUCGUUGGUGUUAUGACGGCGAAAAAUUUUAUCGAAGGUCGAGCGAAAGCCGUUUACGACACUUGGGGUAAAGAAGUUCCAGGACGUAUUGUUUUCUUUAGCGCCGAAGGUUCUUAUUCCGAUGAAUUGCCAGUGAUUGGAUUGAAAAGCGUUGACGAUAGAUAUCCACCGCAAAAGAAGUCAUUUAUGAUGCUCUAUUAUAUGUAUGAGCAUUUUAUUGAUAAGUUUGAAUGGUUCAUCAGGGCAGAUGAUGAUGUUUAUAUGGAACCAGAUAAGCUGGAAAGGUUUUUACGAUCAAUUGACAGUUCGAAGCCACAAUUUAUUGGUCAAGCUGGGAAGGGAAAUAGCGAAGAUUUUGGUUUGCUUUCUCUGGAGUUCGAUGAAAACUUUUGCAUGGGUGGACCAGGAGUCAUAUUGAGUAGUGAAACAUUACGAAGAGUGGCUCCACAUAUACCAACAUGCUUGAAAAACUUAUACAGUACACAUGAGGAUGUAGAAAUUGGACGAUGUGUUCAAAAAUUCGCAGGCAUACCCUGUACUUGGAACUAUGAGAUGCAAUACAUUUUAAGACAUAAUUCAAGUGGAAAAAUGGCAUUUACUGGAAGCUUAAAACGCAAGGAAAUACACAAUGCAAUUUCGUUACAUCCAAUUAAACAAGGACCACUUAUGCAUCGAUUGCACUCUUAUAUACAGGGCUUAAAAGCUGAAGAAAUUCGCCAAGAAUCUCUUUUACUGCACAGAGACAUCGCACGAAUGGGAAAACUAUUAGAAAUUCCGAAUGAAAGUAAAUUCCUGGUCCCAGGAAUUCCAUUAAUUCCGGAAACUGAAAAUGGAAACCGCUACUUUGAAGACCACAAUAUUUUAGGCAUUAGUCCCGAUUUAAAUAAAUUCACACCAUCAUCAACAGAAGAUCUUCUAGAAUGGUCAUUCAUUGCCAGAAGCCUUUAUUCAACGGAUCAUUCAAAUCCAAAGCACAAAAUCGAUUCAGCAACACGUGAAGGCCUAGAGGAUAUAAUUAAUGAAGUUAUGGAGAACAUAAAUAAUUAUUCUCGACAACGAGGACGAGUCAUUGAAUUUCGUGAAUUACUUUAUGGCUAUUCCCGAUUGAACACCCUUCAUGGACAGGACCUUAUUUUGGAUCUCCUUUUAAUAUACAAAAAGUAUAGGGGGAAAAAGAUGACAGUACCAGUGCGUCGCCAUACGUAUGUCCAAAGAGCAUUCACUGGAACAUUUGUCAAGGAAUUCCACGAAGAUUUCUACAAUGUUACUCUACAAAAAAGUCUUUUUAAAAACAUGUUUGAUAAAGGUAUGGAAAAAUUUACCAAUUCAUUUACAUUACCUGGAUUUGGCAACAACGAUCCCAGCUCUCAACUCAUCAACAAAUCCAAGAUAGUUUUCGUCCUGCCUAUCUCGGGACGUUUCAACACUUUCAAGCGCUUCAUUGAUAACUAUGAGGAUGUGGCAAUUAAGAUGGACACAAAUUGCGAUUUGGUCAUUGUGAUGUUUGGAAAUCAAACCUCAGUGCGUGAACACUUUAGGCUCAUCAAAGAAUUUCGCCAUAGAAACGUCUAUCAACAAAUCCAUUACAUUCACCGAAACGAAGACUUCUCGCGAGGUGUUGCUCUCGAUUCAGCCUCCAGAUCGUCUUUUAUUCAAGACAACGAUAUAAUCCUGUUCAUUGAUGUCGAUAUGGUUUUCAAAUUAGAAACACUACAAAGAAUUCGGAUGAAUACAGUUCAAGGCAAACAAGUCUAUCUUCCCAUAGUUUUUAGCCAAUACGACCCAAGAAGACGAAAUUCAGCGAGUAUGCUUGUGAAUGAAAUAAACAACGACUCAGGCUAUUUCCGGCAAUAUGGAUUUGGCAUUUGUGCAAUAUACAAAUCUGAUAUCUUGGAUCCAGAUAUAAAUGGAUUUGAUAGAGAUAUUAUGGGCUGGGGCCUCGAGGAUGUAAGAUUUCUGGAGAAGAUUGUAAAAGUCGGUAAUCGUCAAGGUUCGUUUUUGGUUAAUACUGCUGAUGUUCCGAGUGGUUAUAAUGAGGCAGCGGAAAAACAUCGUCGUUUAAGCAUAUUCCGUGCUCCAGAUCCUUCAUUGGUUCAUGUGCAUCAUGAUAUUGUGUGUGAUACUAAUUUGGAAGCGCAGCAGUAUAAUAUGUGUUUGGGAACUAAAGCGAACACCCUUGGGAGCACAAAACUUAUGGAGGAAAUAUUUCUAAGUAAUAAAGCCAAUAUAGAUUUUAUAAUUGAUUAUAAUAAGAAAAAAGAGGAAAAAUAGAAGAAACUUAUUUUAAGGUUUUUCCAUUAUAUAAUCAUAAAUAAAAAUACUGCAAGUGUUAUUAGAGAUUGAUGAUAAUCUUUCGUGUGUAAGAAACAUUUAGAAUCUCAGCGAGAAAAAUAUAUGCACUACAUUCCUUUGAGAAGAAAUUGUGGAAAAUUGCAGAAUAAGUACAUUUUUAUUUCAGUUUAAAAACAUUUAAGAAAGUUUACUCACGACGAAAGAUUAUCGUCAGUUUCUAAAACACUUUGUAUUCCUAGUAUUAUUAAGUGUAAGUGAAAACUUCUUUGGAGUCGUUUGUUUUUUUUUUUUUAAUUUUAAAGAAUUUUUCAUUUUAUUUGAAUUUAUUUUGGUUAAUUAAUAUCCUCGCAUGUAUAGAUAAAAAAUAAUAAUUUUAGGCUUUAUGGCAGAAAGAAUUUAUGGAUGUUCUUUUCAAUCUAUGAAUCUUUGUAAAUUUUUUAAUUUUUCAUAAUCAUAAGAAUAUUAUUAAAUGUUAAUUUUCAAGUAUAAAUAAAAACACUUUAAUUUU